UGAGUUGCUACUCUCACUUGACUGCGACUCACUCCAUCGCUGUUUGGCUUACAUGUCAGUUCCCAGCAUGUGCAGUGUGUGAAUGGAGGAGAACUGGUUUUGUUUCAGUGCUUAUGUGGAACAGGUUAAUAGACCCACAGUUCAUGUGAGACAUGACCAACAAGGCCCACUGGGAUAAUAACUCCAGCACCAUGGACGACAUGGAGCCAACAGGUGGCUGCUCGCCCACAGUUCCACAGCCUGACUUGUAUCGCAGCGUCCAGGCUGUGCUGCCCCGAGAAACAGACCCACAACAGCCCGCAAACUGCUUCAACAAAGGAAUGCUGAGAUGGACACUUCACAAAAAGGUUCAAAACAAUCCCGUCAACAGCUUAUCUCUGGUGUGGGUGCUGAUAAAAGAGCUUGAAAAGGCUGAAAGAUGGGACUCCCGCAAAUGCAUCAUCCCUUUGCUCCACACACUGAUGUAUGCCAUUGUUCAGACGGCUUACAUCCCAGAUGAACUGUACAAACGCGUGUAUGACUUCUGUAAGAGACUACUGACAUAUCCUCAUCCCUACUGUGCCGUAGGCCUCAGCUACACAAGACAGAUAAGAACUGAACGCCUUGUUCCAGGUCUGAUGUAUCAGAGGAUGGUCACAGCUGAGCAGAGGUUAAAAAAUGAACACUAUCCUUUUCAGGAGAGGGUUUUUGUUUUUGCUGAUCCAGAGGUCAUCACUGGCUCCUUGAUCCCCGUCCUGUUUGGGGAUUUUGAAGUAUCCAGCACAGCUUCAACAGGAUUUCUAGGUCCUCUGGAUCACAUGUGCACUGUUGUCCAGCACUCCUUACAGGCUGCUUUAGGAGCAGAGCAGUGCCAUGGGACGAAACUGGCUCAGACUUUGAGGGACAUGGGUCAAGACAUUGAGCCGUACUUUCAGGAAGUGGUAGCGACUCUAGAGCAGAGCGUGGAGGAAGGCAGCAGAGGUGACGGGGAAGCGCUGAGGAGCCGUCUUCAGCAGCUGUACAGAGAGAUCGUCUGUGACACAGAUUCAGAGCCAUUGUGUGGUGGACCCCUGUGUGACUGCCCUCUUCCUAACCCUGAGAUGAGCUUCCACCUGUGGACAGAGGAUCUGGAUAUUUGGCGUGAGCUUGCAAAGUGGUGUCGAUCCGGUGAUGUGCCAGAGCAGUUCUGUCCCCUCAGCCAAGAACAGGACGACCUGGAUCUGGGUGAAGCCCCCAGCGACCUGAUACUUCCUUACAUGACCCGCUUCUCCAUCAUGUCAGACGACAGCGGCAUCGAGAGGGAUUUGCCCACUGGCACCGAUCCUUCUCCAUCGUCCUCUCUGGACACUUCCAGCAUCACUGCAUCAUGGGAACAAUGCAAAACGGAGCCAGAUUCAUUGAGGCUCUCACGGCGUGGAGGAAUUAAGUUGAAACCAUCUGCCAAGGAUAGCAUGGUGCUGAUGCAAGACACACUGGAGGAUCAGGGAAUUAGUGGUGCAAGGGGAGGAAGCGGAGGGGCCACUCUGCAAAGGCGGGCAGGAUCCACUUCCAUCCAGAACCCCUUCCCCAAGCAGCAGAGACACUUUACUGCCAAGAUAGUCGUUAUGGGGGAUGACAGAGUCGUGGGUCGCCUGGCUAAGGCCUAUUACUUCUUCAGGAAAAGGGAAGCACGACGGCUUUUUCUUACAAUGAAAGUCAGUCUCCAGUUUUACCACAUACCUGUGUGUGCAGCUCUGGCUCCCAAGAGAAACCUCCAUCAGUCCCAGGGGGAUUCCUGCACUCUUGGUUCCUACUUGAGCAACGUGGACCCAUGGUACACCUGCAACAUCCAGAGUUUGGACUCCAUGAUUCAUAAACUAGCUGACAUGCAACAAAUGAACCCCGGCAGGCCGAAAGAUCCGUUCAUCUCUGAUGUCAUUUCCUACUACGUCCGCAGUGGCCAGCAGCCUGUUUACUUCACCAUCUACUUUGUUAAGAUUACAUUCACCAACACAACAAAGAAUCCUGUGGAAGAUGUUUUCCUCACCCACCUGGAGAUGGAGUUUCCAGAAUUCAGACAGAUUUCAGCAACUGUUAGAGAUAAACAGAGAAAGAGCUCAUGGGACGUGUGUGGAGCUGUCAUCUCCAUGAAUUACAAAAAGGCGACGUUAAGCGGCCGAGAUGUGGAGAAAGGAAUUUCUGUGAGGACGUCGGGCGCUCAGAUUAGUGCUAUUCCUUCAAGUGAAGCAGAAGAUCUGAACUGUUUGACUCUGACUCUGAAUGAAGCACCAACAAAAACCAAAAGCAACGCGGUGGACAAGAUUCGGACCAACAACAUAAAGAUUCGCACCUUGGAGAGUCGAUCUUUUACUCUCACACUAGACAGAGACAGUCGGAGGACCUACAGAAACGUGCAGAGCAUCGAGGUUUCCCCUUGUCUGGAUCCCGGGUACUGCAUCCAGAAAACCAUAAGGUCCAAAUUCAACUUGGGAGAGGAUAAAGACGCUGGACUGAGCAAAUACAUGAGCAAAGCACUUCCUCUACCCAUCAAUACCUUUGCUGGCAUCAUUAACUGAUGUGAUGAAAUGACCUGACACAUACUUGAGACUGGAGACCAUCAGAGCUGUGGUUCGACAUCAGGAGUCAAACCAUACUAAAGGAAUCAAUUUUGAGCGACAUAGAGCUGCUCCUGGAACCAAGAAGUUUCACGUCUGUCAAUCAGCACUCAUGAACAUGGAUGAGAAAACAACCUCUAUUUUAAAAGCAAUAUAUGCUGCUCCAGUAUCCAGUAAGCUGGUUUUACAGUAUCAGGAACUUGCAGUAAAAGUUUUUCACUUUUUAUGAGUAAACUUCUGUGCAUACUUUAAUAAUGACAGUUAUUAUAUGCAAAUUUUAAUCAUACCAAAGAACAAUAUCUCCUUUGACAAUGGAGAGACGAGCAGAGAAAACAAAGCAAAGAAACAUAAACCAAUGGCCACAACAGAAGCUCCUACCUUAUAAAACGUACUGUACGCCUCCCUCAAGCUGGAGCACCUCUGCAGUUGUUGCUUGAAGGAAUCAGGCCUCACUGGUGCUCGAUCAUUUUGACAUCUGGAGAUUUUGGAGAGCGAAACAUCCCCUUUGAAGAGUGCUGUUGGACUUCUGCCAAUGUUUCCUUGCAAAUUAUUGCAGUAUAAUCACGAUUCACCUGUCACUGGUUGAAAUGUUGUGGCUGAUCAGUGUUUGUACCGAUUGAGCAUGAAAAGCUUUCACCAAUCAGUAAUUAUGUGACAUUUUAAUAACUCAGCAGGCAUUCUGCGUCACAAAAUCACUUCAUGAAGCAGAUUUAUUUACUUUAAUCUGCUCUAUAGAUACACUACCUUUUAUUGCCUCCCUGACACACAUUCACACACACCCACCUGUUGGCCGCUGAAACAUUAGUUAUUGUAUUGAGUUCAGCGACAGCCGACAUUUUCAUUACUGUACCUGUUACAUAAUCACCUCUAUUAUUAUGGUGAAAAUGAUUUACAUUAACAUUGGGUUUAAAAUAUUCCAGAACCACCCUGAGAAGAGUGUAUAAACAAGAACGGUUGGUCAUAUCAGGAAUUACCACAGAUCAGAGGCCACUUUUAAUGAUAAAUUAUCGAAAGUAGCAGGUAGACUUGUUAUGCUGCUAAGUAAUUCCACAUCCAUGUCAAAAAAUAUUCAUUUUUACUCCAUGUUAAGGUGGGAAAAGUACCACAGCCACUACUCAUUAUUAGCACGGUUUAUUAGUGUCAUAGUGAAUCGUGUCAGUGGUCGUCUGUCUUUAAAGUAAUAGAGAGCUGUUUGAUAUCUGACAUGAUCAUUAGUUAAUGGAAAAAGACUAACACCUAAUUUUAUGUUUUUAUUUCUUCUUAUUACACACAUAUGAGCAGUUCAUAUCUUCAUUUUCUUCCAUACAUGUAUGAUGUCUUUCAGAAAAGGCCUCAGGAACAGAAAGUUAUUAUCUUUUUCGGUGUGUCUGUGUUUGCUGGCCUGGAAGGGUAAAAUCAUGAGUGUGAAAUUCAUGAUUCAUUUUGCACAUUAUUCUCUCCUAAUGUCAUAUAUAUAAAGGGUUACUUCUCAGUUACAAAUGCCAAUGUGUAAAUAAAUAA